AUGACGACGAUUGCGGUUGCUAUGGUUGCUUCGAUGAUUUGUGCACUCAUGGUGAGGAGUAUGGUCGCGGUGAAUUCUCGCAAUAUGGUCAUGAGCAUUGCUGUACAAAUGACCUUUGCGUUAUUAGGCUCUUACCGUCUAUGGACCUUCACCGCUGCUGUUGGUGUUGGCUUUGAAAUUGAGUACAAGUUUCAGCAAAGGAUGGACGGCGAAUCAUCUUUCGCGUUCUCCUUCAACCGAGUUGAACAAUUUGAUGAAGAAGUUUGCCCAUAUCCACUGCUUCGUUCGUCCGUUAACAUCACAAACGUUCCAGACAUCGAAAGACUCGGACCAAUACCUUGUUACUGCGAUGAUGAAGCUUACGUGGUUGUGGGCACGGAACCAGUCCACAUAACUUCGCCGGAAUUCCCGUUAACGCACUGUUCUGAGGUUAGUACAAUCAGAUUGAACGAUACAAACAAGAAUGUGCGGUUAGUAUUAACUGGAGAUAUUAUGGAGACAGAAUUCGUCACAGAUAAUUCGAUUGGACAGUAUGGUUAUAAUAUGACCGUUGAAUCGAUCCAUCUCCCUAAUGAGUGCCUGUGCCCUCACAAAGGAGUAAAAACUAUGCCAAUCAAAGCCGACGCCAGAAUGGAUAUACCGGAAUACUGUGUGACCGUUUACUGUGAAUGGAUUAUUCCAUCAAUAACACAUGAUAUGGUGAUUUUGAUGCUUUUUUCGAGUAAAUCGAGGGUACUUGCUAGAAAGGAAUGGAAGCUUCCAGAGAAUUCACCACCAGUCACCAUUUCGUACAAGCGUGAUGUGCGAGCAAAUUCGACAUUACCAUCUGCGAUGACAUCGUUUCUCGUCAGUUGGAUGCCCAGUGAAGGAUGUUAUUGUGACAACAGCUCAAUUAAAAUUGCAGUCGUUGGGGAGUGGGAUGUGCUGACAUCGCCCGCGUAUCCUCUGUCAUACUGUAACGACAUGCUUUGCGUCACGAGAAUAGUCGCUCCGGAAGGGUAA